AUAGUAAAUUUAUAAUAAAAUUUCUUUUUACUGUUACAGUUUGUAUAGUUUUAAUUUUUUUUUAAAUUCCUCUAGCGAAAUGUACACACUGAACGUGCAUUUAGCCACAGGCCGCAGCUUCUUGCUUGAAUUGAUAACACUUGGACUACUAUUGAAAAUUUCGAUUUGAGAAGUCCAUUUUCGAGAUUUACAGCAUUCAACUAUGGAUUCGAUGCUUCCAGUUGCGAUUCUAUCGGCGAUCAUCGGAAUUGUGAUUGCUUUUCUAGUUUUCGGGAACUAUUUCCAAAAGAGGAAAUCGGAGGUUGAAUCUGUCGCCAAGCCGGAGACAAUUCAAACCAAUCAGAAGACUUCAAAGCCUCAGCAGUCUCACAAGAACACUUCGAAGAAAUCGCAAGCUAAAUCUCAUUCUCACACCGCCGAUCAUAAGGAUGCAAACAAAAAGCAUCACCCACUGGACUUGAAUACUCUAAAAGGUCAUGGGGAUAUUGUCACAGGAGUUUGCUUCUUACCCAAUGCACAGUCUUUGGCAACUGCUUGUGCUGACGGUGUUGUUAGGAUCUUCAAGUUGGAUGAUGCUUCAAGCAAAAGUUUUAAGUUUCUGAGAAUUAAUUUGCCAGCUGGAGGUCAUCCAACUGCAGUUGCAGUUGCUGAUGAAGCUUCCUCGGUUGCAGUGGCAUGCCAUGUUCUUUUUGGUUCUUCCCUGUACAUGUAUGGUGAAGAGAAACCUAAAGCAGAUGCUGAUUCCAAACAGGUCAAGCUUCCCCUUCCACAAGUCAAAUGGGAACAGCAUAAAGUUCACGACAAGAGAGCAAUCCUAACUCUAGUUGGUACCAAGGCAACUUAUGGUAGUGCCGAUGGGAGUACAAUCAUUGUUUCAUGUUCUGAAGGUACUGAUAUUGUGCUUUUUCAUGGAAAAAGUGGCAAGAUUGUUGGAAACGUCGAUACUAAUCAACUCAAAAAUAACAUGGCUACUAUAUCUCCCAAUGGACGUUUUAUAGCUGCUGCAGCUUUUACUGCUGAUGUCAAGGUUUGGGAGAUUGUGUACUCGAAGGAUGGUGCUGUAAAGGAGGUUUCGAGGAUUAUGGAGCUCAAGGGGCAUAAGAGUGCAGUGACGUGGCUAUGCUUUAGCCCGAAUUCUGAACAAAUAAUCACUGCAUCAAAGGAUGGUACCAUCAGAGUGUGGAAUAUUAAUGUGCGCUAUCAUCUUUCUGAGGACCCUAAGACAUUAAAGGUGUUCCCUAUUCCCCUUAAGGAUGCAAGUGGCACAACUUUACACUAUGAUCGUUUAUGUGUAUCACCUGAUGGAAAGAUAUUGGCCACCACUCAUGGUUCAAUGAUGCAAUGGCUAUGUACGGAGACUGGGUUUGUUUUGGAUACAGCUGAAAAAGCACAUGAUGGUGAUAUCACUGACAUGGCAUGGUCGCCUUCUCCGAUUCCAAUGGGUGACAAGCAAGUUCUGGUGUUGGCCACAGCCAGUGUCGAUAAGAAAGUGAAGUUGUGGGCAGCUCCAUCCCUGAAUGCAUCAUGAAUGAGCAAUGGAACCUUUCCCCAUAAAUGACGAGCUUUUGAUGUCUGGCCCUGUUUUUUGAACUAAUAGAUCAUAGGGGGACUGACGAUCAGAAGAGUAGAAUACAGCCGAAGUUAGAGGAUCAAGUGCUUACAUCUUUUGAGGGCUUUUGUUAUUCAAAGAGAGACUUAACCAGAAUGUGGUAAAGCUAGAGAAAAAUUUUGAUGUUUAAUUUGAUGUUAUAUACGUGGGUGGGGUUUUUCUCUGUCGAGCUCCGAGGAAUGGUGAGGUGUUGCUGGUCUAUUUUAGAGCUUAGAACUGGAAAAGGGAGAUUAGCAAGUGACUCCUUGUUCAGGUUUAUCUGCAACUUGUAAUAAAUUAAAAAAAAGAGGAGGUUCUCUA